GCACAACCCGGAAGUGUGCGGAUGCUGAUGAUUUGUCCAUUCAACGCAUCCGUAAUAACAUCACGCACACAUACAUUUUGACCUCUCUACUUCAUAACACAUCUCUACUGUUUACACCCGAUGCUAAAUACGGCUCCUCGGGUGUAGUAUUGUGCGGUAGCGGGCGCAGGAGCGCUGGAGAUGGAGACCGGGGGGCUGCCUGAUUCGUGUCUGCUGAGAGCUCACUGAAACCCCGCUGUGGAUGCACCAUGAUCCCCGUGUCUUUGGUCAUCGGCGUUAUGGCAGCCUGGUGCGCUGUCUACCUCGCCGACACCAUGUUAAGGUCUUCUCUGACCCAUCGCAUCAGUUACGAGUCGUGGUUGGCGAGUCGCGGUUUGAUGCUGUCUCCGUUUCAUGUCCGAUGGCAAACAACAAUGUUCAACAGACUGUUCGCCUACUGCGCACGCAUACGACCACGGGCCCUCUAUCUCUGGUUCAACAGUGGUCUAGUUUUCGGCGUUGUUUCGAUGGUGGGGUCAGUGAUUCUUCUGGUAAAGACACUGCAGCAGACUGUGGCCCAGAUGACCACAGACAACCCUCGCAUUGGGGGCCAGCAGACCCUACAAGUGGUGGUCCCUGGAGUGAACUUGCCCACCAAUCAGCUGGCCUACUUCUUCAUCGCUCUGCUGCUCAGUGGUGUCAUACAUGAGCUCGGCCAUGCGGUGGCAGCACUGAGGGAGCAGGUGCGAGUAAAUGGCUUUGGCAUGUUUAUUUUUGUGGUGUACCCGGGCGCUUUUGUCGACCUCUUCACGACUCACCUUAACCUUAUAUCGCCGACACAACAGUUACGAAUCUUCUGUGCUGGUGUGUGGCAUAACUUCAUGUUGUGUGUGGCUGCGUUGACCUUCCUCUUCCUUUUGCCUGUGUUUCUGUUUCCCAUGUACACCACUGGAGCUGGGGCACUGGUCACUGAUGUGAUGCAGGGCUCUGCUGCAGACGGUCCCAGAGGCCUAUCUGUGGGGGACAUAGUGACAGGUCUGGAGGACUGUCCCGUCAGAGGGGUAGAGGACUGGACUCACUGUUUGUCUCAUCUGUCCCACACGCCUCAGACCGGAUACUGUGUCCCCACUGCCAGUCUCCAACCCAGCUGGGCCCACGGCAGACCGUACAAGCGCCUGGACGGGACGGUGGACUGCUGCAGUAACAACAGCCUGACAGACCUCUGCUUCUCCUACACCAAACCUCAGGGGAAGGGCAUCCGAGACAAAGAGUACGCGUGUAUGCCGGUGCGUAAGAUGGUGACUGGGACCAGAGUGUGUCACACAGAUGAGGACUGCUCCGCCUCCUCUCAGCUCUCCAGUGUCUGUGUGACGCCGUCUUUAGAAAACCAGACGCGCUUCAUCAGAGUCACCCACCCUCCACACUCACACAUGCUGUUUGUGGGAUACCCGCCGCACCUCCACCACGCUGUGAGCCUGACCAACUUUGUUCCUCGGUUUGGUUUUCUCCAUCUGGACGUGCCCGUGUUCUUGGAGACUUUCUGCAAAUAUGUUGUGUCGCUGUCCGGGGCUCUGGCUGUGGUCAACUCUGUGCCGUGCUUCGCUCUGGACGGACAGUGGAUGCUAAACGCCCUGUUGGAGGCUACACUGGUUACCGUGGUGACCGAGAGGCAGAAACGCGAGCUGAUUGGUUUCUUCCUGCUGCUAGCGGGGAGCGCGCUGCUAGCGGCCAACGUAGCUCUGGGUCUUUGGAUGGUCACAGCGAGGUAAACUUUCCCAGCCUGAAGCACACAAAGGAACAAACUGUAAUGGAGGUUUUUAGGCUGCGUUUGAAGGCUAGCAGACCACUCAACUGUGAUUGUACUGGAUCAUAAAAGACAAUAUGAAACCAGAAGUGCUGCCAUAUUGUCUGGACAUUGUUGAGAAGAGGAGCUCUGCCUUUGAACUUUGAACAUUGGGACCAACAGGGAAGAAAUAAACAACAAGUUACUUCCAGCACAUUGAGAUAAUGCACUUACAAUGAAGCACUGUCAGUGGAACUUUUUACUAAUGGACUCUCAGUGGAUCAUGUUUUUAAACAGACAACAAGGCCCUGUACUAUAAAGUUGUAUCUCUCCUGUGCAUUGGCAUUAGCAGCUUUUGAUAGCCAUAAAUGUACCUACAAAGUAACACUCACAAGCAUAAAACUCUUUGCAAGAUUCUAAUUCUACCAAAGUUUGUAUUACUGUGUAAAAUAGUAAAAUGGUUAUUACUACUACAGCUACAAAAUGCAUAAAAAAUAUAUUCUGUUUGUAUUGGUACGGCAUUUGGUUUGGUUUGAUAAGAUGAUAACAAAACCCUAUGUGAUACACCAUUGUAGUAUCUUUGGUAUCUGUAGAUGCAUAAUAUCAAAUGUAGUGUUAAUAUCUCAUCUCAUCCUCACCAAACUGACCAUGUUCCCACGGAACAGACUGACGGAUAGUUAAAGUGGAACUAAACACUUAAUCUACUUUUUUGCUACUAAACUGUGUACAUGGUGUUAAUAGUAUUCUCUUCUGUUCUUAGUCCAGUUUGAGUGUUUUAGUACAAGCUAGGUACAUUUGCACAUUUUUGGUCAAAAACUGAAUGUGUGCUGCCUUCAUUGACUGCUGCAAUGUCAAGUACUAUGUGACAUCCCACAUGACUGCCCUGAACACAGCCAGCUGUUUCUGAUUACAAACUCCUGGCUUUAGGGGCAGAGUAUGAACUGUUAGACCAUUCACACUGUUCUUACCCCCCCAGACCCCGCCCCUCCGCCCCUCUCUCUCCCCUUUAGUCCUCCAGGUACUACCCAAGUGAGCAGCUCUAUUUGAAAUGCGGCUGUGGGAGGAGUUUAGGUGUUUAGUCCCGCUUUAAUUUAAAUCCAAACAUAAAACUGUUAAGAUCUAAGCUCUUUAAGUUAACCUUUAUAGCAGAUGUAAGUUAUCUUUAGUACAGGGCCUUGUUCUGUAACUAUCCCAAUGCCAUAUUUCCUGUUGAACUUGUGGGAGCCGUUUAUCAUAUUUGUAUAAAAGCUGCUGCUGUGAAACUUCAAGACUUUAAAAAGGAGAAAAUACAAAAUAAGUGCUUUAAUGUGUUGCAUGGAUCUGCUUCAGAGACAUAUUUGUAACAUAAGAAACCAUAAACUGUGAAUGAAAUGCUCAUUUACAUAAUCACAUUUUGUAUUGGUGACCGGCUUGAGUCAGUUUGUCUUGUAUUUCACAACCAUCCAACGUUCACUUUGGUCGCUCCAGAUGUAAAUGUUCACUGAAUAAGCUUGUGACAUGUUUAAUUUAAGUGCUACCAAACAUGGGUAAUAAAAACAAGGACUUUUAUC